AUGGGCUGCGGAGGCGCAGUAUGGGCUGCGGAGGCGCAGUAUGGGCUGCGGAGGCAGAGUAUGGGCCGCGGAAGCGGAAUACUUGCUGCGGAAGCUGAGCGUGGGCUGCGAAAGCGGUGUUGGCAGCCUACAGGGAAGCAGCGUAGCAGCCUACAGGGAAGCAGCGAAGCAGCCAACAGGGAAGCAGCGAAGCAGCCUACAGGAAAGCAGCGAAGCAGCCUACAGGAAAGCAGCGAAGCAGCCUACAGGGAAGCAGCGAAGCAGCCUACAGGGAAGCAGCGAAGCAGCCUACAGGGAAGCAGCGAAGCAGCCUACAGGGAAGCAGCGAAGCAGCCUACAGGGAAGCAGCGAAGCAGCCUACAGGGAAGCAGCGAAGCAGCCUACAGGGAAGCAGCGAAGCAGCCUACAGGGAAGCAGCGAAGCAGCCUACAGGGAAGCAGCGAAGCAGCCUACAGGGAAGCAGCGAAGCAGUCUACAGGGAAGCAGCGAAGCAGCCUACAGGGAAGCAGCGAAGCAGCCUACAGGGAAGCAGCGAAGCAGCCUACAGGGAAGCAGCGAAGCAGCCUACAGGGAAGCAGCGAAGCAGCCUACAGGGAAGCAGCGAAGCAGCCUACAGGGAAGCAGCGAAGCAGCCUACAGGGAAGCAGCGAAGCAGCCUACAGGGAAGCAGCGAAGCAGUCUACAGGGAAGCAGCGAAGCAGCCUAAAGGGAAGCAGCGAAGCAGCCUACAGGGAAGCAGCUCAAGGGGAGAAGGAGAGAAGCAGCCGCCUUCUGGUGCAGACAAGGGGAGAAGGAGAGAAGCAGCCGCCUCCUGGUGCAGACAAGGGGAGAAGGAGAGAAGCAGCUGCCUCCUGGUGCAGACAAGGGGAGAAGGAGAGAAGCAGCCGCCUUCUGGUGCAGACAAGGGGAGAAGCAGAGAAGCAGCCGCCUCCUGGUGCAGACAAGGGGAGAAGGAGAGAAGCAGCCGCCUUCUGGUGCGGACAAGGGGAGAAGGAGAGAAGCAGCCGCCUUCUGGUGCGGACAAGGGGAGAAGGAGAGAAGCAGCCGCCUCCUGGUGCAGACAAGGGGAGAAGCAGAGAAGCAGCCGCCUCCUGGUGCAGACAAGGGGAGAAGGAGAGAAGCAGCCGCCUUCUGGUGCGGACAAGGGGAGAAGGAGAGAAGCAGCCGCCUUCUGGUGCAGACAAGGGGAGAAGGAGAGAAGCAGCCGCCUUCUGGUGCAGACAUGGGGAGAAGGAGAGAAGCAGCCGCCUUCUGGUGCAGACAAGGGGAGAAGCAGAGAAGCAGCCGCCUUCUGGUGCAGACAAGGGGAGAAGCAGAGAAGCAGCCGCCUCCUGGUGCAGACAAGGGGAGAAGGAGAGAAGCAGCCGCCUCCUGGUGCGGACAAGGGGAGUAGGAGAGAAGCAGCCGCCUUCUGGUGCAGACAAGGGGAGAAGGAGAGAAGCAGCCACCUUCUGGUGCAGACAAGGGGAGAAGGAGAGAAGUAGCCGCCUUCUGGUGCAGACAAGGGGAGAAGGAGAGAAGCAGCCGCCUUCUGGUGCGGACAAGGGGAGUAGGAGAGAAGUAGCCGCCUUCUGGUGCAGACAAGGGGAGAAGGAGAGAAGCAGCCACCUUCUGGUGCAGACAAGGGGAGAACGAGAGAAGCAGCCGCCUUCUGGUGCGGACAAGGGGAGAAGGAGAGAAGCAGCCGCCUCCUGGUGCAGACAAGGGGAGAAGGAGAGAAGCAGCCGCCUUCUGGUGCAAACAAGGGGAGAAGGAGAGAAGCAGCCGCCUUCUGGUGCGGACAAGGGGAGUAGGAGAGAAGCAGCCGCCUUCUGGUGCGGACAAGGGGUGAAGGAGAGAAGCAGCCGCCUUCUGGUGCAGACAAGGGGAGAAGGAGAGAAGCACCCGCCUUCUGGUGCGGACAAGGGGAGUAGGAGAGAAGCAGCCGCCUUCUGGUGCAGACAAGGGGAGAAGGAGAGAAGCAGCCGCCUUCUGGUGCAGACAAGGGGAGAAGGAGAGAAGCAGCCGCCUCCUGGUGCAGACAAGGGGAGAAGGAGAGAAGCAGCCGCCUUCUGGUGCAGACAAGGUGAGAAGGAGAGAAGCAGCCGCCUUCUGGUGCAGACAAGAAGAGUAGGAGAGAAGCCGCCACCUUCUGGUGCGGACAAGGGGAGUAGGAGAGAAGCAGCCGCCUUCUGGUGCAGACAAGGGGAGAAGGAGAGAAGCAGCCGCUUCCUGGUGCAGACAAGGGGAGAAGGAGAGAAGCAGCCGCCUUCUGGUGCAGACAAGAAGAGUAGGAGAGAAGCCGCCGCCUUCUGGUGCGGACAAGGGGAGUAG